UUUCCAUUUACACUUUUAAAAUUGUAUUCAAAUAAUUAAAAACGUUAUAUCUUUUUAACGAUCAUUUAAAAAAGCUUCAGUAAUUUUCUGUAUCAAAUUCUUAUGAUCCAAGAUUUUUUAUUUAAAUGAUUGAAUAUUAUAGAAAACUACUGCGCCGUUAACAGAUAGCCGAAACUUUUGCGAUAUAAAAGUUGUACAUUUAUCAAUGUAAAUAUUUCUACGAACGAAUGAAAAACUAACAAAAAUAGAUCACAAUGACUGGUACAACUUUGACCGUAAAAAUUAGUGAAAAUGAUAAGUGCGUUUAUGAAAAUAAUAGUAAUAUUGAGCCGAGCGAAAAUAAUUUGAGCAGCUUAAUUUUGUCUUUGAAGCAGACUCAAAUCAAAAUUAAUGAUUUUUUGACUAGCAUUAUAGAAGAACAAGACAGCCUUGCUAAUAGUGAACUUUUAGAUUUGCCAAGAUCGGAAAGCGAGUCGGAUUUUGAUGAAGAGAUCGAAGUUAACCCUAAGAAAUGCAAAUUGAUCAACUAAUAGUAUAUUGUAAUUACUUAUUACCCUUUGUUAUGGCAUUUUAAAGUAAUAUACAGAUUCUUUCCA